AUGCCUGGACAUUUCCGUCAGAAAGUACUGAACGCCUUAGGUGUGGGCCAUGAGGACCAGCAAGGCCAACAGGGUUACCCACCUGCACCGACUGGCCACCAUCUACCGGGUUGUGGGUUCAUUCACGACGAUGAGCGCCCGCUCUCCUCACCUCCCAACAAUGGUACCUAUCCCCGCCUAGCUCGACUCUCCGAUGGCUCUAUCCUAUCCUCCUUCACCCGCUUCCCGGAUGGGCAACAUGCCCUUUGUGUUGCCCGUAGCACCGACCAUGGACGCACCUUUGAGAACUUCUCCGAAGUAACGCGGGCGACCGGUGAUGUGGACAACAUGUUCCUCCUCGAGGCGUCUCCCGGGGUAGUUCUGGCAGCUUUCCGCAAUCACGAUCUAGGUCCUAAUGGUCCCACGCAUUUCCGGAUUACCGUCUGCAGGUCCAUGGACGGAGGGCGUACCUGGCAAUUCGCAGCCCAGGCAGCAGAGAAGAGCCCCCCAUUUGGAAUAUGGGAGCCUUUCAUGCGACUCGGUCGACGGGGCGAGGUGCAAUUAACCUACUCGCAAGAGUUCGCCCACAACAAUCAAUGUACCAUGCUUGUCGUUACACAUGACCAAGGUAGCACAUGGAGCCAGCCGGUCUGUCUACACGGGGACCAAGACCCCUUACGCGACGGUAUGAAUGGAAUCGCGACUACUUUUGACAAUGGUCGCGAGGCAUUGGUCAUGGUCUUUGAGACCACUAGAUACGGACCUUUUAACGUCGAAGCCUUGAUCUCGUACGACGAUGGCGCAACCUGGCAAAAUCGGCAUGAAGUGUUCCGACCCCGCCAAGGACAUAAUGCGGGGUCACCGCAGAUUUCUGGAUUUGCAGAUGGCUCCAUGGUGGUUGUGUUCAUGACUGAUGAGGAUUCACAUCAGGUAGACUGGGUCAAGCAUGCGUCUAUCAAGGCCGUUUUCGCGGGUCCACCUCAAAAUGGCCAGGUUCGUUGGAGUGAGCCCCAGGUUAUUUCGCCGGCCUCCAGCUUCUGGCCAGGAGUGCUGGCACUGGAUCACCAUACUGCGCUGGUCACUUAUGAUCGUGGUGGGCCUCUUGCGAAGACUAUUUCCUGGCAGCCUCGUUGA